UAGACCAAGAGCAGGCAGAAGGGAUUAGUUUAAUUUGGUGUCAUGUUCGGCACAACAUCUUGGGCUGAAGGGCUCGUUCUUAUGCUGUACUGUUCGAAGUUCUAUGUCUUGACUCACUGGGUAGGAGAGUAGACUGGUGGAAGAAAAACAGUACAUGUUGGCCAAUUAGUAACAUUAAAUCUGAGGCCUGUAGAGCUUUGCUCGCCUCAGGUAUGCAGGGAUAUGGGCAAGACAGAGUUGGGAAUCACAAUAACUGUGAUCUACAUGAAUGGUAGACAGGAGCUGAAUUGUCCUGUUUCUAAAAAGUAGUUUUGAAGUGUUACUGCUUGACUUAAGAAAAUAGUCAUAUAGUAUCAUUCUACUAGCAAUGGCGUGUCACAUUUUAGUGAUGUGCUUUAAGUGAUAACUAUUGGUCAGGGAACAAACUAUUGUUUUUCGAAUAUGCAUGGGACUUGGUAGGGUCUUGGCGUAGUGUCCAUACCCUUCUCAGAAUUGGCUUGUCAGCCAAGAUUUUAGCCCUAAAUCUCCAAAGAGACUUCAGCCCUUUUUUUGAGUCUACUCGCGCGACUGUUAUCACUGAGCCUCACUAACAUCAGCUGAAAUGAUUGUUUGGCAAAUCCUCUCAGUACCCAACCUGUUUGCAAGCGCGUUGCGUCUUGAGAACGCCCAACCUUUGGCAAAGUGAUGGGGGCUCCUUCAAUUUUAUUUCGCCCGAAGAGGUUUGCAGAGAAGCAGGGUUGAAUUCACGCGUUUAACAACAUCGACCCAACGUUAGUGAUCGGAAUUCUCUGAAUUCAAGUCAGCAAAAUGUAUUGCCCUAUACAUAGGAGGAUAAAUGAACAAAAAAAUGGGAUAAGGUGAACGGUUUGGCGCAUCUUUCGUCGGACCUGAACUUCUGAGAACUUGUCUGUUCACUUUCCACCUGCUGUGCAUUACGUUUUAAUUUCAGAUUGACAGUUCUCUGGUCCCUAGCGCGCAGAUAUUGUGGGUUAGCAUUUCUCUUUCUUACUGUAAAUCAUACACACAGUAAUUGUGAGGCGUAAGUCAACGUCUUUUUUUUUAAAAAAGAAGGAUUGCUUAUCUAGUCACACUAGAUCCCGUUUUGGAAUGUAUUAAAUCUCAUCCGGAUGCUGUAUUCGGUUUGGUGGAGCAUAUGUUUAUUUAAUAAGGAACAGGGCGCCACGGUCGUUCAGGCGAACUGGUUGUACAUAAGGGGGCGCCGCUCGGUAUCCUGAUCCCUGGGAAUCCUGAAGCAGUGGGACAGCAUUCUCUCGAUGGUGUUUUACUUUGGGGGCUUGGUGGGUGGGGUUUGUAGGGUGGGGUGGGUGGGGGGGUGGGGGUGAUGGUGAAACCCAGCCUAUGGGGUCCUAGGAGGCACUAAAAAGGAUGUCUCUUUCUCUCUCGCAUUCAUCUUCAGCAUCAGGAGUAAUGGACAGCGUGGUGCCAUACGACGGACAAUGCAAGUACUCUUCAAAUACCGCCUGAUUCACCAAGAUAUUUUUUUUUAAAUCGGAUGUAUUUAUAUUUGUCGGUACCGGUCUUCAUUGAAUAGCGGCGGUGGGGAGGAAUGGAACCAGCGGUUCAUUAACCGUUAGCGAUGAAGGCAGAAGAAAGGCUGUGUUGUUCUGUGAGGCUUCACAACAGAUGCAGACUAUGCUGGAGUCAGUGGCUACAGUGCGUUUCCUCUGCUCCCAGUGCCACUCGAUUACAACGGGAAACCCGCAUAUCCUCUCGCUCCUCUUAUCUUUUUGCCAAUAUGCUGCCUCGUCUUCCUCCUGCUUCCUGCCGUUUGUGACAUGAAAAUAAGGAGGCGAAAGGCACACAGGGGGAUUAAAAAAAGAACUAUAGCCCGGACCCGAAUAACGAACUCAAACUGAAGACCAUAGACUGUUGUCUGAUUUGACGCGCUCAGCAAGAUAGACGAUUAGCAGGGCUCUAUCUUCAGUCUUUUUAAAUAUAUUAAUAUCCAUAAAGCCCGGAAGGAUGGGUUGCAUUCAGAGUAUAACUUGUAAAUCACGGAUACGUCGAGAGAAUAUAGUGGUAUAUGAUGUUUCUGCUACCAUUGAUCAGUGCCCAACUCUAAUCGAGGAGAAUUCUCCCAUUGUUUUACGGUACAAGACUCCAUACUUCAAGGCAUCCGCCCGGGUGGUGAUGCCUCCAGUCCCCCGGAACGAAACGUGGGUUGUGGGGUGGAUUCAAGCUUGCAACCAGAUGGAAUUUUUCAACACCUACAGCGACCUCGGAAUGUCUAGCUGGGAACUUCCUGAUUUGCGAGAAGGCAGGGUUAAAGCUAUUAGUGAUUCUGAUGGAGUGAGCUAUCCAUGGUAUGGGAACACCACCGAGACAGUGACACUGGUCGGCCCCAUUAACAAGGCGUCUCGCUUCUCAGUCAGUAUGAAUGACAAUUUUUACCCGAGUGUAACAUGGGCGGUCCCUGUGAGUGAGAGCAACGUGCCGCAACUAACCAGGAUUAAAAGAGACCAAAGUUUCACCACCUGGCUGGUAGCCAUGAACACAGUCAGCAAAGAGAAGAUUUUACUUCAGACAAUCAAAUGGAGGAUGCGGGUUGACAUUGAAGUCGACCCGUCGAAUCCGUUGGGCUACCGUGCUAAGCUUGUUGGAAGGACACAGCAGGAGCAGCCUCGGAUAUUAAGCAGGAUGGAGCCCAUACCGCCGAAUGCCUUGGUGAAGCCCAACGCGAACGACGCCCAGGUUUUAAUGUGGAGACCCAAACGUGGUCUACCUCUAGUUGUCAUACCUCCCAAGUAGUAAUAGACGCUUGCAGCCGUUUAAGGAAAUCUUCUAAGGCCGUGCAUUUUUAACACACCUAUUUCAUUCAGCAGCAAGGAACGAGCAAGGUUGGAAUUUUUUUGAGGGGGGGGGGACGACAUCUGUGCUUGUUUGAAGGAGGUGAAUGAAGCCUUUGGUUCGGUUGUCGGGAUCUCACGUGGCUGUUUACAAAGGUCAUCCGACUGUACAACCAUUCUGGUAACACUUGAUCCUUAUUUUUUGUUUAACUUUUUUUUUGAUAGGGCAAUGUUGUCGGUCCAGAUGAACUGGCCGUGGUGCUGAAAUGUGACGGGAAUAAGGUACCACUAUUUUCUAACUGCCUGCGGGCCGUGUGUGGCUCCACAGUGCAGGCUUCAAUCAGACGAUGCUUCCUACUCUUGCUAACAUGUCCUGACUGUUCGACUGAUUAAUGGAUAGUUUUUAUUUUGCAUGCACUUCGUGUUGAGAAGAUAUAUGGUUCGGAAAUCCAUGUGCAUUCAGUUUUUGUGUAUUGUGAGUAAUUUCGAGCCUAAUAUCACAAUUGUCGCAGUCAAUUGAAUGACUUUUUUAAUAUUAAAAUGGCAUCGUUUAUUUGGAAUGUUUAAUAAGUCUGCAUUCAAACCUUAACGGAGUGGGAGGGGGGUAUCUCUCCAACUAUUUUGCUGUGACUCUUUUUCAAUCGUUAGAUGCCAAAGUGGCUGGGAGUUUAACGCAUUGUUGCCAUGGUUUUAAUAAUUUCAACCGAAGAUGUCUUUAGAAAACCCAUGCCUUUUAAUUGGGCACAAUCUAUGGCGUUUUUAAUAUAUAUGAUGUUAAUUUAUCAUUUUAUUUCGCCAAUGCACAACAGCAGAGGUAGUCUUGUUUUAGUUUCAGCUCGAUAGUACAAUGGUUUUGAUAUUCUCCAAUUUAAUUCGGAGCAGAAUAUCAUUUUGCAAUAUUUAUGUUGGCUCAGCGGUCAAAACUUAAAGUCGAUACUUGUGUUUGAAUUCUAUUUGAUGUGAUUUUACAUUGCACCUUUGGCACUUUGGUUAAAUCUCAAUGCUCCACUGAGCAUUGCUAGGUUUGUUGCAGCAUAUUAUUUAUUGGUUAAUGCGGGUACGUAUUAGGGAUACAGCGGCCUAGUCUGGACUGAGCAAUGAGAAGUAUUGGUAAGGGUGUAUACCAGUGGACGGCCCCCUUUUGUGUAAACGUUUUAUUCCCAAAGUGUAAAGUGAAGGCUUGCUUUUGCUCUUCCAGCAGUGGGAGAUAACCAACAUCUGUCACCUCCGUCUGUUAAAUCUCAAAAGAAUUGGAUUGUAAUUGAACAGAAUAAUGUUGUAGGAUUAGGGAGAAAGGGCAGAAGAGUGGGACUAAUGGCUGGCUCUCUCAGAGAGCAGGCACAUGAUGGGCUGAAAGGCCUCCUUCUGUGCCUAAUGCUUCUAUAAUCCUGUCUCUGUGACUGGGUUGGCAUGAAUGUGGAAGUCAAAACCAUUGUAUUAAAUAAAAACACAUACACUUUAAUUUCCCAUCCGAUUACUGUAAACAUUGUAUUUACCAUCUAAGCAUUAUCAGAAUUGUGUUUUGGUAUUUGUAAAUCAAACCAUUUUAUUUCUAAAAAAGGUUUUCUUUAAAGCUGCAAAUUGGGUUCAUGAUGUUGAAGUCAAAUGCUAAGUCAAAUGUAUUCACCUGAGAAAAUAUGAAUCGAUAUGUUGUGUUGCUGAAAAGUUUGGCUUUGCAGCGUGCCUUAUAAACCAGUGAGAUCUGCUGCGUACCUGGCUCUCUCUGGAGUACAGAUGUUUGGCAGAUGUUUGGCUCACUAAUCUGUGAAGUGUAGGUUGAAAGGUGACAAGCUGUUGAUUGGUAGAUUGCAUGCAUUUUCUGUAACUGAGAGAUUUGCACUUUGAUUUUGUUCAUUUAUACUGGAAUAUGACAUGUCACUUUCAUUGCUGGAAAACAAUGAAAUAAAAAUGCAAUUUUUUUUCUAAGUACAAUGAAA